AAACGACCUUGAGCGGCCUAGUGAAGGGCGGUCCAGUUGCCGUGCCUUGGCUGGAUAUACGAGCAUGUUGAAUGCAUUGUUUCGCUUAGUCUAGUGAUGGAUGCAGCUUUUUGGAGGUUUUAUAUCAUUAAUUUUACAAACAAAUGAAUUUCAGAUGGAUUUAUGGAAAAGCAUUGAGAAAAAUCUGUCUUGGUUUGACUUGUCGUCGGAGGUGCGUAUACAGUUGAACGAUGACCCAAAGAAGUACGAGGAACAAAUUUUGUUACACAGUUUUCGAAAUCAGUUGCGCUACACCGGAAAUAUAGUACAAUCGGUAUGCAAAGUGUUUAGAUAAUCUCAACUUAAGGUCAUAAAACGUGAAAAAAAAUACUACGAGAAACUUGUUGAUUAUGGAAGACAACAUUAUCUUCUAUAUCCUUACCACUUACAAGACAAAAUAGUCCGUGGUUUGCAAAUUACGCAGUUUGUCUACUACCGUCGCAUGAUAAUUGACCUUAUUUCGACUGAAAAGUCAUAUGACUGUCUCCCAAAUUUUACUGCUGCAGAUUGCUUACGUUUGUUGGGAAUUGGCAGAAAUCAGUAUAUUGAGCUUGUUAACACUUACAAGAGUUUCCUGUCGUCAAUAGGUCCUGACGAAAAUGAAAUUCAGGGACUUCUUUGUGACAUUCUGCCGUCACAGCCAGUCGAUAAAGUCAUAUUUGAGCCCUGGUAUGUAGUUCGUAUUGGGUCAGUUAUGUUAUCUGACAUACAAGCAUCUACGGAUUCCGAGCGCAUAACGAUCGACCAGCUUAUAGAUGCUGAAAAAGCAGAUGAUUUGGAGGAAUCCAACCAAGUCGGUCCCGGAAUUCUGGUUAAAGAUCUUGAUCAAAAUAUCAUCAAAGGACUUUACCUUCGUGGUUUGGUUUACAUUGAUAUUCCAGUGUCUUGUGACGACAAGAUAUGUGUCCCUACACUUGAGGGCUUCGUAAUGAAUCGUAUCAGUGGAGAUAGUAGAGAAAAUCUUUUAUACAAGAUUUUUGUCACUGCUGAUGAGAAUACAUCAGUUAGUGAACUAGCCGAGUGUCUGCAGGUAGAUGUGAAUUCAGUAAAACAAGCUGCUUCUAUAUUUUGUCGGUUGGGGUUUGCUCAAAAACGGAUUGGACGUCUAGAGAGUCGAACACAGCCUUUUCAAAUUCCAAUAUCCAUUGAGGAGUCUGAUACGCUGCUACACACGGAAAACUCAGUUGUCGACGCAAACUUAGAUUCUUUUCCAUCUAUAGAUGACCACCCUCAGCAGAAAAAAAAGUUGGUUCUAAUAUUUGAUUCGACCAUCACGGCUUAUCUCAUGAUGGGCAAUUUAUCACCCAACUUAAAGCCUCAUGCAGUUACAAUGUUUGAAGUCGGGAAAUUAUCAGAUGAUUCAUUGAAUUCUUUCAUAUUUGAAUUAAACCAUCUUGCUCCUGUUUCAGAAGGUGAAGCCGGAGUUUAUCGCGAGUAUGCUCUGAAUUUAAGAAAAACAAUCCAUUUUUUGCGUAGUCAGGCUUCAUUAGACUCAACGGACUUUUGUGAUGUGGAUUUAAUUAGAGGUGGUUCGUUGUUAAGUUUAGAGGCUGAAACACGCAUACGAGUUUUACGCAAGAACUAUAAUGUAGUUGUUAGCCUUAUUCCCUCAACAUAUGAAGACCAGCAAGCUUCUGAUUCCCAAUGGCCACCACAUUUAGGACCACCUAUAUCAGAAGCUAAUUCUCCAUGGUUCGGUUUUUUCAUUUCUUGUAUCGCAAGCAAUACAAUUCAAAGAAAACAGAAUCUCAGUGUUAAUGUAUUGCCUACUCUUUUGAUAACAUGUGGUACUAGAAUAUCUAGACUUCCAUUACCUUUACGAGGAAUUUCACGCUUCUGGCUUACUGCAUGGGGUCAUGAUGCUGUAGUGGUAGACUCAACUAAUUUUUUAACCACAGCAAACGAUAUGCUUCUAUCAUCACCUGUACUUAUCCAAGCUAUCGAAAGUUAUGAAUUUGAAGAAAAUUUAUCCCAGAGGUACAUACCUUUACCUAUUUCCAAGGAAUUCUUACAACAUUCAUCCAGUUGUGUACCAGAAUUCAUAAUACAUCUUAUGAACGUUAUCGAUUUAACCUAUGUCUCUGGAUAUAUCAUAGUACUGGCUCCAAUGAACAAGUGUGAACACGACCAAGAUCUGAAUAAACUAGCUUCAGAAGACCAAAACUUUUUAUUAACUAGCACAGACUCCAUUUUACAACGCGAUCAACAAAAAAGUGAAUACAAUUGUUCUAGGAAAGCUGUUUUAGUGGAAAAUGAAUUGCUCACUAUUAUGAAUGAGCAUAAGCCAAUCUAUUUCAUUACUUUACGUCUAGGUUUGCCCAUUUUUAACAUGGAAUUAAAUCACGCAGUUUGUGCUCAAAUAUCUAGUCAGAAUUUACUAUCCACUAAUAACCGCAAUCAUCUUGAAGCUACUAAUCAUCUACUUGUUGAAGAAUUUACAAAAUUUAUUUUUAAUGACUGUUCAGGUUUGUUACCUAACCAAAACCAAUGUAGUUAUUCAACCCUUGUAACCAGUUCUGGUGGUAAUUUUCCUGAUACCUGGCCCCUUCCUACAAAAAAUAUGAUGUGCGCUAAUGGUAUUUUGUCAUUUUUUUAGUCUUUUUCGCCACACCUAAUAAUAUUUAAUCUGCAAUUAUUUUUGGUUGUAACGCGUACAUAUCUAUUUCGGUCAAAUGAUAUAAUCGUUUGAUGAACACUCAUUUUAAGUUUUUUUGCGUGGAUUAUCUGUUAUUCAGGUAUCACUUAGGUUUUGUCUUUUUCUAUUUUUAAUUUCUACCCGUCCUUUCAUUUUUUUAUUUAACCCUAAAAAUAUAUUGUCAUACAUGUGACAGCAGUGCAUAUCGUUCUAUUUAUUCCGUAAUUGAUUCCUGACCAAGUCGCGUCCUCUAUAUAUCAGUAACUGCAUAUUGGAUAUAUCAGCGAUCAAUGUGAACUUGGUAAUUAGAUUACAGGUAGUUUUGAACAAGUUAUAACUUAAAAAUAACCCUGUAAAAAAUCUUUCAUUUACGUAAAAACAAGUUACUGAACAAUGUCGGGAAGUAUUUUUAAUCUAUAAUAUUUUCCAGACCUCUCACAAGCAGUAAGCUCAAGGAAUUUUUUCCUAAUUAAUCUUUAAGUUGUACCAAAGUUUUGUAAUUUUCGUUCCAACUAAAUUCACAUCAAGAAUAUAAUCUUAUCG